UGAUUUUGAUGUGAUGCUUUUUCAUUAUGAUGGUGUUGUGGAUGAAUGGAGGGAUUUUUCAUGGAGUUCUCGUGCAGUACACGUCUCGUCUCUGAAUCAAACUAAAUGGUGGUUUGCAAAGCGAUUCUUGCAUCCAGAUAUAGUUUCGGAGUAUAAUUACAUAUUUCUUUGGGACGAGGACCUCGGUGUUGAAAAUUUUGACCCAAAACGAUACAUAUCAAUCCUUAAGGAGGAGGGGCUUGAGAUAUCACAACCAGCUCUUGAUCCGGUUAAGUCCAAGGUGCACCAGGCUCUUACUGCACGUAAAACUGGCUCGAAAGUUCACAGAAGGUUUUACAACUCCAAAGGCUCUGCACGGUGUGAUGCUAAUAGCACGGGUCCUCCAUGCACGGGAUGGGUAGAAAUGAUGGCUCCUGUGUUCUCAAGAGCAGCAUGGAGAUGCACGUGGUAUAUGAUUCAGAAUGACUUGAUCCAUGCAUGGGGCUUGGACAGACAACUUGGCUAUUGUGCACAAGGUGACAGAACACAGAAAGUCGGUGUCGUCGAUGCAGAAUACAUAGUUCAUUUAGGUCUGCCUACGCUCGGUGCCUCCAACCGCAAUGUGCUGAAUGCCGAUGCUCCAGCUCGUUUGCAGAAAAAAGAAUUGUCAAACUUCAACGAAUCGGAACCCAAAGUUGAUAAUAGAGUUAAAGUGAGGAUUCAAUCUUCAUUAGAAAUGCAGAUUUUCAAAGAACGAUGGACGAACGCUGCAAAGGAGGAUAGAUGUUGGAUUGACCCGUAUCGAUAAUUACCGACGUUCACGAAUGCGAUUACAAUUGUUUUAUAUUCAUUUUUAUGAAAUAAAACUGGGAAAUGAAGGUGUUCUAGUCUUCAUUAACAGAGCGCAGCGUACAUCUUAUACCCAACAGAUUCAAAUCACCACAACGAGUCUCUUCAUUUUUUUCUUACUGUAUAAAAGUUCACGUCUUGUUCUUGUCUUUUUUUUUUUUUUUUCGGGUUGUAAAUACAUUAUAGUUUUGAAAAUGUGAGGUGUUUGUAAAAUUUUAAAUUUAAGUAGCAUUUUGUUGGUUGUAAUUUAAGUUUUAAUCUAUUUUCGUCUACGUA